AUGUUGAAGAAUCUCAUUCUUGUGGCAUCAAGCAAAUUCAUCCGUUACUUCUUCCUUGCCAGUCUGUCAUCAGCAACCACAUUCAAUGGCCAUAGCUCAAGGAUUACAAGUACCAGAUUGUUACCAAAUCAAGUAUCAAUCAGAAUAAAAUACAAAAUCAUUAGAACGUACGUUACGGCACCGAAGUAUUUGGUAAUAACAGCAAAAUGGUGUGAAAAGACCGAUGUGCAGUUUUCUGUAGAAGAUAAUAUUAAAUUUACGUACUAUGUAAGUUACGCUUCACGCCAAUUCGCUAGGACAAAUAUUUUUUACUUCUCUAAAUUGUGUUCAACUACCACCCCUUACCACACCGCUAUUCCAUGCCUCUUCGCAGGGAUCGACCGAAUUGUAUUGCAAAAGGGCUGUGCUGAAAAAGAGCAAAUUUAGUUUACACCAUUUUUGCAGUUAAAAUAAUUAGAUAGGAAGGAAGGUGGAAGUGCAAAAUAAA